UUCUACUACCCAUUUCAAAAUAUAAUGUGCCUCACUGCUUUUUUUUUGAAAAAAUUUUGAUAGGAACAUCAUAGAGAUCUUCGGUUUUCACCAUUCAAGAGAGAAGAUCCGAAACCUUCGAAAAUCCUCGCCAAAAACUUAUCCAAUUAGCCAAUGAAAUAUUGAUAUUUAAAAAACAGUAGAGCAUACCUUAUUUUGAAAUGGAUAGUAGUUAUUAUUGUUAAGAAAAGAAGUCAAAAAUACUGCGUUUCUAAACGUUUUGCUUUCACUAUGCUUAUUACAGAUAAUAAGAUCAUUUUUCUUAUCGCUCAAUAUGGGUAAGAUAAAUGGAUAUAGUAAAAAAUAACUUGUGUUGCUUUAUCAUUGUUUUUUGACGAAUUUUCUUAUAUUUUUUGUUCCUAAUACAAACAAUUGAAUGUCAAUUAUUAUUAGUAUAGAAUAAGUCUUUUUUUCUUAUUUAGAACUCGACAACAAGAUUUCUAUGAUCAAUAUUCAUCAUCAUACAAUGAUUCACAUUAUUGGCAUGGAAAUAAUUCAAAUUCAUAUGAUUUGUAUCGUUCAACACCGGUGAAAAUUCCUCAAUUUCAACAUCCAUCUCAUAUACUUUUACAACAAAAUGGGUUUACUCAACAAGUUUAUCUUAAAUAUAGAUAA